AAGAUCAUGAAUCCCCAGCGUCGCCAUGACUUUGUGGACACUGCAUCUGGUCCGUUCAAUGGACUGUUCCAGGGGACUGGGUGAGCACGGCACGGACAAGGAGACCUUGAACCAGCAGCGUCGCCAAGAGUACAAUGACAAGCUCGACCAGCAAUUUGGCAAGGACAAGCCUUCUGGACGGCCCAACUGGGUCAAGGAGCCCCUACCAAAUAACGUGGAUCGUGGUCGUUCCCCUCAGCGUGUGCCCCCGCCCACAGACCAGUACUCCAAGCUGCUUGAGGAGAAGAGACGUGAGGAGGCCAGCAGAAGACGCUAUGAUGACCCAGAGUUCCAGGGAAGGCUUCCCAAUAGCAGAGAGCGUUAUGGAUACUAGUGAGUGUCAAGGGCAGACAAUAUGCCGUGGUGAUUCCCAAUUAAAAUAAAUCUUCAAUAUUGCCUAAUAUAUGCUGAACAUCUGGUGCAGAAAACUGAGUGCUUGAAACAUUAACAACAGUGCUUUAAUAAUUUUACUGUAUAAUGUGAUGAUUGAAGAACACUGUGUUUAAAAUACAUAUUUUUACAAACAUGUGCUACCUGUUGUUUUGUCUUGGUUUUUAUUUGUGCUAUUAACUCUCAGUGCUGGAACCGAAUUUUGAAGACCUUUACAAACAGUUUGGAUCCAGAUGAGACGCCACAGAACAUGGCGUCUCAUCAAGAUCCAAACUGUUUGCUAUUCUGAUAGUAUUCUCUGAAAAAAAUCAAAGAUAAUGCUAAUUUUAGAAAUUCAGCAGACAACAUUUUAGCAGACAACAAAUUUCCCAGCAUGCAAAGGGUUAAAGAUGUGUCUUUGUGAUCGUAUGCAAAAUGUGUACAUAAAAAUGCAUUUCAACAUCACCUCCAUACUGUCCUAUAUAAGGGCACAGUUUGUAACGCUAUCAAUGAUAAUCAUUUUUCCAUUGUCAGUUAGAGUUUUGUGUUUGUUCAAGUAUUUGGUUUUGUUAGUGUCUUGUUAGCUUAAAAUUUUAUUGACAAUUAUUUGUGUACGCUUCAAUACUUUUUAAUAAAGAGUGCCAAAUUAAAUGCUUUUUUUUUAAAUUUCAAUGUAAGCUGAAUAGUUGAUUUUUGUUAAUGUGUUAAAAGAUAUUGUCAGUUUUAUUGAUUUUAUGAUUUGGCAAAAACAUUUAUCAACUGAUGUUCAUGUAAUAUUCAUUCCACGUUUUGACAAUGCCUUAUAAUGUUUCGCUGAAUAGGAAAACACAGUUUAUGUACAGGUUUUUAUUAAAGCCCCAAUCUAAUGACAAAAUGUUUGGCAUUUAAAAGUUAUCAGUUCUUUCAAAAGUAAAUAAAUGUCAUAUUUGUUACACAUAAAACUAAAAAACGUUUUUUUUUAAAUGCAUUUAAUUAUGUUUAUGCUUGAAAGCGCUCGGUUUUAAUAUAAUAUAUUUUGUCAAGGCUUGCUAUGAACUGAACUAUAUUUACAAGAUUUAUUGAUUUACUGCAGUGGAGUUAUCCUGUUAGCUCAAGUACAGGAAUUGCAGGAUUAAUAAAAAUAACUAUCACAUACUUUCAAUAUUACUGAUUUCGAUUCCAUAUUUUGUUUAAUUUCUCAGUAAGAUGUCCAUUAGAUACAAUCUUUGCGAAGUUUUUGUUUAAUGUUUGCAGACUGGGGCUUUACUUGAUACAACUGGUUGACGGUUGAAUAAAUGCAUGUUCACAGCCACCAUUUCUACCUUAUUACCAUGUACCAUAGUAAAUUGUAUAUAGCAUACAAAACUGUAAUGAUUUCUUUAUGAUUUGCUGUCUGUUCUUUUAAAUUGAUUUUUUUUCUGUGAUACUUAAAAACCGUCCAUUAUAUGUGAUAUCUGAUUAUUUAUAUUUAAUGUAUAGCUUUUAAUGUAUUAAAAUAUAUAUGUAGCUCACAUGUGUAAAUGAGAUAUUGUUAGUUUUUAAUUUCUGCAAUUUAUUCUUAAAUACUGCUACUUAAGUUAAUGCUCUGUAUCCACUAUGUGUAUGUUUUGUUUUUGUUUGUCAUUAGUUGUAGCAAGAGUUUCUGGAAUAAGUUAGUAUAGAUAUUUGUAUGUUAAUUCAUAAAUUUAAAAACAUGUUUUUUACAGAAUGUAGUGCUAUUUAGCUAGUAUAAUGGUUGCCAUGUCUAAUGUGUUUGUGUAUUAUCACCUGAAUGUCAAUAAAAGAAUACAUACAUCAAUAAUUCUGAAAUUGUUCUGGUUUCUUCUUCAGGAGUUUUAUUUGACAUGUUCUAUAAUUUCAGUUGAUAUGUUUAAUAUAAAUGAAAUAAGUUAAUGUUUUUAAAUAAACAAUUUUCAACUACCAAAAACA